AUGAAAAAACCUACUGCAUCUUCUUCACCACCCAAAAGAUCCUUUAAAACCAUGAACAACAAUAAGCAAGACUUGUUCUCAAUGCUCUCAAGCCAUCUUCUCGUCCUUAUUGUUAGUUAUUUGCCUUUCAAAGAAGCAGCAAGAACAAGUAUCCUGUCUAAGCAGUGGCGCGAUAUUUGGCGUCAGAAUACAAAGCGGUUACUUGCAAGAAAUCCGAAAAAGGAUAUUCAGAAAUUUUCAUUAGCUUGUUCAAAACCAGAGGAUUUCCUUAUAGACAUACAAAACUUUGUCAUUUUUGCCAUUUCAAGAAAUGCGAGGGAGUUAGAACUCGACUUCUCUGAUCCUACCAGGAAAGAAGUUGACGAUCUUGAGAAUCAUCCAGCAAUAGUUGAAUUGCCUUCCCAAGUUUAUCAACAUGUGGGUCUUGAGUCAUUGAAAUUAUUCUCAUGCAAUUUUGAUGCGUCUAGGAUUGAGGGACCAAAGUUAAGGUUUUUGAAGUUGUUGAGCGACGUUAGUCAUUUUCACUUGAGUAAUCAAUCUAAUAUGUUAGAGGUUGAUAUUGACUUUGGCAAGGAGCUUAAUUUUGAAGAAGUAAUUGGUUCACUUGUUCAUAAUUUCCUACUAGAGUUGUAUGCUGUUAAAGUUUUGACUAUGUGCAGUGUCCUUUUUUAG